AUGAGCAUCUCCGACCAGGCCGGAGGGUCCGUAGAGGCGUCAGGCCGGCGACACACGGUCGAGGCCAGGCCGGAGGAGUCCGAGAAAUAUGAGGAAGCAGAGGGCGAUCAAGAAACCGAGGGGGCUGGUGAAGGGGAUGGCGACGGUAAGGACGGUGAGCAGCGAGCCCGCAAUGUUGCCGCUGCGGCUGCCACCCAGAAGGCUGCGGUUGACACUCACGAUCGGACUGCCGCAGCAAAAUCCGCGAAAACCAAGACCUCGGCCCAGGAACCUUCUGCGCCUCAUGCGGAACCGAAGCCUGCUUCUGGCGCGAACGUGGGAGUGGGCACAGGAACGGGAGAUACUGGAGACGAGGAUUCGAAUGUUCCGCGCCACACGUUAUCCGAGCUGCUGACCUGGCCAGUGUUGACGCUCGCGCACGAGGUUGUCCGGCUGGAAGGUGCUCUGGAUGAUUCGAUUCAGGCUCAGUACGACGCGGAUCACGCCCUCAAGCUUCAGCGCAAUCGGAUUCGCGGCCUUCUGAACGAUCUUCAAGUCCAGAAGGACAAUCUGGACGCAGCCAUUACGAGGACGGGCAACAUCGCAACGCGGUUUCAGGAGGCGGAGGAAAAAUGGGCGCGGACAGUCGAGGGCUUGGUCCAGGAGCUAAGGGUUGAGCGCGGGUCUGCGACUGUGCAGCGGGAGGCCGCGGACCGUACGCUCCGUAGGUUGGAGGACACGAUGGUGGGACUGAGGGCUUUGAUUGCGGAUUCGAUUUCGGAUGCGGUGGCGCGAACGCGUUACGAGAUGGCCCCGUGGGGAAGGAUGGGGACGUUCGAGGCAGGUGUGGCGACUGCCGCGGACCGUGGAGGUGGAGGCAUCAGGAUGGUCACCGGACCCUUGCGCUUUGAAACCGCAGAAGCAACAGGGAGCGAGGAUCGCGGGGUGAAGAGGCCAUCAGGGUUACCGACACCCCGUUCACCCUCGCCGCCCCCCAAGAAAGCAAAGGGCUCGUCCGAGCAACCGGAGGCCCGAGAACCUGGCCGCGGAAGUUUGGCUCAGAAGUCCAAAACCGCGGGUGCGACUGUCAAUAGGCCCUCGCCGAUCGCGUCUGGCACUGGAGGGCCGCCAGCAGCUGGAGGUGCCGCGAUCCAGCAGGCUGGUGUGCCCUUAAUGCGUGGCGCAGAGGAAAUCCCUGACGCAGAUGCUGAGGCAACGGAGGCCAUGCAGACGUGGAUUCGAGCUGUGAUGAAACGAGUCAGGACUUUAAAGGACGAAAACGCGGAAGCGAGCGACGAGGUCGCCUGCUCUGCUGCGGUUGGACUCGAGACCGUGGCGGACGAUUCACCCGCGAAGGGCAAGAAGUUUGUGCCCUCUGGUGCUGGGAGUGUGGCGUUUGUUUGCGCGGUUUCCUGGAUGCAGUGUAAGGGAUGUGAUCUGAAGACCGCGGAAGCGAGCGCGAAACAGGCCGCGCUACUUGCCGGAGCGAGCGAUCUGAGCGUGGUUCUCUACCUCGCGGUUUGGAAGCACAUCGUCACGGCAGCGAAGAAGGGACAUGAUGCUGCUAAGAUCGAACUCCAGGUCGCGAAACAUUUCGCGGACGCGAAAAAAGCCACUGUCACGAAAAGUGAGAAAAGCACCAUUCACGAGCAGGUGGAUGUGCUGAGAACCUGGAACUUCGACCCAGAUGCCGCUAAGAAGAUGCGUGCGCUGGGCUUGUAUAUCGAGUGCGGUGACGAUCGCGCGAAGGCCAAGAAUCGUGACGUUAGCCGGUCGCGUGAGAGAAAGAGUGCCGCGAAAUCGGACGACGAAGGUGGCUCCCACGCUGGAAAAAAGAGUGCCGCGAAAUCGGACGACGAAGGUGGCUCCGAGGCGGAAACGAUUGAGCUUGACGAUUCAAAAACGGAGGAAAUGUGA